GCAGCCCCGCCCCGCCUGCGAGCGCCGAGCCGGGGAAUGCUGGGAUGUGCAGACCUAUGGCGGCGCGGAUACUGCUGGAGUGCGGCGCGUGAUUGCUGCACUGACAUCAGCGCGCGAGCAUCCGGUCGCCAGCCCGAGUCCCGGCUUCGCGCGCGCAUUUUUUGCCAGAGAACGGGUGCCGCAGGGUGGCCCGAGGCCAGAGUCGCCAAACGGGUAACCGCAGCGCCGUCGGCCGCCUAAGCUCAGCUUGGUACUUCCUGCUACCAGUUGCUAUUCCAAUAAUUUAGGAGUGAACAUAGUAAAAGAAAAUAUACAGUGCAAGAUGAAGGAGGCUGUGGAGAUUCGGUAUGUCAUCAAAAACCUUGGCAGACGUGUAGAUAUGUGGUGGAAAGUGUGCUGACUGGCUGCAUUACAGCCUGGUGUGGGAACAUCAAUGCCUUUGAGUGGAAAAUCCUACAAAAGUUAGUGGAUUUGGCCCUGUACAUCACAGUAGAAUGCUGCUCUUCAAUCAAGACAACAUGUAAAGUGACAAAUCCACACGCGUCUCCUGGAACGUUUCAAUAGCAGAAGACUCAUCCAUUGUGGUAUCAGGCAAGGUUUUCAAAGGAAUCUUGGCUACAGCCACACAAAAACUUCUGUGCUUAAAUUUGAAUUAUUCUAUGGGAUCUUUUACAUCCACCUGAACAGGUAAAAGGAUCCUACUUUUCUUGCGUUAUGGAUGAGCAGCCUCCUCAACAGUUUGCUGGUCAUGUUGCAGUUUCUGCAUUUCAAUCACAGAAACCUCUGCGUCCUGAUUUGGGCCUCAAUACACUGGGAAAUUUCCAAAUAGAGAAAAAGAUUGGUCGUGGACAGUUUAGUGAAGUAUAUAGAGCAUCAUGCCUAAUAGAUGGAAUGCCUGUAGCUCUGAAGAAAGUCCAGAUAUUUGAAAUGAUGGAUGCCAAAGCUCGUCAAGAUUGCAUAAAAGAAAUAGAUCUUCUGAAGCAAUUAAACCAUCCAAAUGUAAUAAAAUAUCUUGCAUCAUUCAUUGAAGAUAAUGAGCUAAAUAUUGUACUGGAACUGGCAGAUGCUGGAGACCUUUCUAGGAUGAUUAAGCAUUUUAAGAAACAAAAGCGGUUGAUUCCAGAAAGAACAAUUUGGAAAUACUUUGUUCAACUCUGCAGUGCCUUGGAACACAUGCAUUCUCGGCGUGUCAUGCACAGAGAUAUAAAACCAGCUAAUGUGUUCAUUACAGCAACUGGAGUAGUAAAGCUGGGAGAUCUUGGAUUGGGCAGAUUUUUUAGUUCGAAAACUACAGCAGCACAUUCUUUAGUGGGUACGCCAUACUACAUGUCCCCAGAGAGAAUACAUGAAAAUGGAUACAACUUCAAAUCUGACAUCUGGUCACUAGGUUGUCUGUUAUAUGAGAUGGCUGCUCUCCAAAGUCCAUUCUAUGGUGAUAAAAUGAACUUAUAUUCUCUCUGUAAAAAGAUCGAACAAUGUGAUUAUCCUCCUCUUCCUUCUGACCACUACUCAGAAGAGCUUCGCCAAUUAGUAAAUAUCUGCAUUAAUCCGGAUCCAGAGAAGAGACCAGAUAUUGCCUAUGUCUAUGAGGUAGCUAAGCGCAUGCAUGCACUUUCUUCAGGAAGCUAAAACAAAUCAUGCAUUGUGAAGACAGGAAAACAGAAGACAUGAACAUAAAAUUUCAGUAUUUCUGUAUUCUAUCAUUAGUCUAUUAUUCUAUGUCUAUGAAUAGUUGUACAGAAUUCAGUGGUUCAAUGGAAUGAAAGUUAUACAAGCUCAGAUGAAUUCUUAAUGACAUGGUUCUUUCUGCUGAUCUGCAGUUGUUUUAAUAAUUACAUCCUCUCAGUGGCCUUCAGUGUUUUCAUUUCCACACUUGAUAUUUUGAAAAUAAAAUUAGUGUGACUACAAUAUUUUUUACAAUCAUAAGCAAAUCUGUUUUCUCUAGGCCUGUUGGACCAGAGUUGUUAGAUAACUCAUGCUUUUAUUUACUAAAUGCUGUAGCCUUUGCGGUAUUUUCUGUUGACCCCAAGCUGCUUAAUGGUAUUGUAUGAAUUUGCAGAAAGUUUUGGUGUGCUAUGCCAAUCAGCAUUUGGUUUGUCUGGACCAAAUUCUCAAUUGCUUCGACGUUCCUUGUAAGUCACAUAAAUGAUAACCAAAACACUAUUAAAUAUUAAUUGACAUUUAUGGUUUCUAAAAAGUGCCUUCACUUUCAUUUUGUUAAAACCUGCAGAUUAAUGCAAUAAUUUUAAUUGCCCAUCGAUGUUGAACCACCAAGAAGAACAAUUAUUGCUCAGUUACAACUAUCUUGUGAUUGGGAAACAAUAUUAUCCCGUUUUAUUGUCUUUGCAAAGAUCCAGUUGAGAUUCCUAACUAAGCUGAAGAGACAAGCGUUCAACUUGUCUCUUGUUGAUUUGUAGUCUACCUUAAUUUUAUUUUUAUUAUUUUGUGGAUUUAAAAAAUUUUUGUAGUUUCUUUGCACCCCAGUUAUUUGAAUAUUCAAUUCUACUUCUGCAAAGCUUUCUCUUAUGUAGUUGGAAAAGUUCCACACAGAUUGGCAUUAAACAAAUUUAUUAAUAUGGUUCCAAACAAAUGUGAUAAUUUUCAUAAAAUAUGAUAAUCAAUGGGGAACUGGUAUAGAAUCAUAAAACUGUAGGCCAUACCUGGAGGAUUAACUCUUGAGAAUCCAGAACAUCUUACGGCCAAAAAGUGAUAUUCAUCAGUUAAAAAAUAAUUUUGGCCCUGAAUGAAAUUUUUUACAAGGUCUGAUACUUGAUCAUGCAGAUCGAAGAUAAUGUAAUCUCAGCAAUUAUAGUUGACAUGUUACAAUUGAACAUGGUGCCUUUGAAUUAAGAGGGGGAAAUGAUUUGAGCUUUCUGCUCCAGAUUACUAUCAAUAUCCACAAUUCUAAAAAUCCCAAUCAGAAUUCACAAACAAAAAUUGGCUGUUUGGACAAUAUUAGUCAAAACACCUGGUCCUUUAGAAUACAAGGCAAAAAAAAGCAUUGGAGAAUUUGAGAGGAUAAGAAAAGUCCUUCCAUGUGAAAUAGACUUUCUGCUAUACUUUUAUCUUCAAUAUUUUAGAAUUCAUUUGUGUAUAAAUAUGUUACUAUAUGUAGAGAAUAGUAUUCACUGAUUUGAGUAGUGCCUCUCCAAAAGUGAGUAUCUGCCAUCCAGCAUUGUUAUCGAGCAGUAACGAAUUAAGUUAACUUGAGAUUUUGGCCUAAAUUAAAAUUUGUUGUGUUUUUAGUUCUAAGACUUGAUUUAAAAAAAAGUUCUCUAAUUAAUAAAUGAUCUUUUAAUUAA